CAGGCCCCGCCCCAGAGUUCUUCUCUUGCAGGUAGCCCCUCCAGCGCCGCGCGUGCGGCGACUCCGGAAGUCGGGCGCGGGGGCCGGUGGGCCCUCGGCCCCGGCUGCUAUGGCGGUGGCUACGGUAGCGGCGCUCCUGGCCGCACUGGGCGGGGCCCUGUGGCUGGCGGCCCGGCGGUUCGUGGGGCCCAGUGUCCAGCGGCAGCACGGAGGCGGGAACUCGGGCCUCAUGCACGGGAAGACCGUGCUGAUCACCGGGGCGAACAGCGGCCUGGGCCGCGCCACGGCGGCCGAGCUGCUGCGCCUGGGGGCGAGGGUGAUCAUGGGCUGUCGCGACCGAGCGCGCGCCGAGGAGGCGGCGGGUCAGCUCCGCCGCGAGCUCCGCCAGGCCGGGGGCCCCGAGCCGGGCUCUGACGCCGGCGAGGCCGGCGAGCUCGUCGUCAAGGAGUUGGACCUCGCCUCGCUGCGCUCGGUGCGCGCCUUCUGUCAAGAGAUGCUCCAGGAAGAACCUAGACUGGAUGUCUUAAUCAACAAUGCAGGGAUCUUCCAGUGCCCUUAUAUGAAGACGGAAGAUGGGUUUGAGAUGCAGUUUGGAGUGAACCAUCUGGGGCACUUCCUACUCACCAAUCUUCUCCUUGGACUCCUCAAAAGUUCAGCUCCCAGCAGGAUUGUGGUAGUUUCUUCCAAACUUUAUAAAUAUGGAGACAUCAACUUUGAAGACUUGAACAGUGAACAGAGUUAUAAUAAAAGCUUUUGUUAUAGUCGGAGCAAACUGGCUAACAUUCUUUUUACCAGAGAACUAGCCCGCCGCUUAGAAGGCACAAACGUGACUGUCAACGUAUUACACCCUGGCAUUGUGCGGACAAAUCUUGGCAGGCACAUACACAUGCCACUGUUGGUCAAACCACUUUUCAAUUUGGUGUCAUGGGCUUUUUUCAAAACCCCAUUAGAAGGUGCCCAGACUUCGGUUUAUUUAGCCUCUUCACCUGAGGUAGAUGGUGUGUCAGGAAAGUACUUUGGAGAUUGUAAAGAGGAAGAACUAUUGCCCAAAGCUAUGGAUGAGUCUGUUGCAAGAAAACUCUGGGAUAUCAGUGAAGUAAUGGUUGGCAUAUUAAAAUAGGCACAAGGAGUGAAAGAGAGCUAUUUAUAAAACUGGCUGCCAGUUGUUUUUAUAAUCAGAAAUGGUGUGGCUUGAGUACUUGCUACUUGAAAACAGUUUUGGUUUUACAGUAGUAUUGCUGAGAUACAUACGGAUAUUUCGAAGUUACUAAAAAGUUAUUUUUUGAAGAACAUAAGAUUUCAGAAAAGAUGUCUUAAAUAUAUAAUAAGCAUAAUGAAUAGCAAAAUCAGCAAUAUAAUUAUACUUUAGAAAUUAUAAUUGAGCAAGCAUGAAUUGCAAAUAUUAAAGAAUCCAGUGACUUAAACACUUUGAGAAGUUUUUCAUUUAUCUUUUGAGUUUCGUGGCCAAAGUGUUAAGUAUUUUUAUUGCAGUGCCGGGUUUUGUGUGAAAAUAAUAUGCCUGUUAUGUGCAUAAUUCUUACUUGGAAUAAAUUUGAUGAUGCAAGUUCUUAA